AUGUCGAACUUGACUUACGAAGCCAGAGCUCAGAAACAUACAAGCCCCGUUGCUGCCAAGCUGCUCACUCUGAUGCACGAAAAGGAGUCGAAUCUGUGUGCCUCGGUGGAUGUCCAAACAACCAAGGAGUUGCUGCACUUAGUCGACGUGUUGGGCCCUCACAUUUGCUUGUUGAAAACCCAUAUCGACAUUGUAGAGGACUUUACGAUGGAAGGUACGGUAAAGCCUUUGAAGGAACUAGCCAGAAAACACCGGUUUAUGAUUUUCGAAGAUAGAAAGUUUGCAGACAUCGGAAAUACAGUCAAAUUGCAAUAUUCUUCUGGCAUGUACAAGAUCGCUGAAUGGGCCGAUAUUACGAACGCGCAUGGAGUCACAGGACCGGGAAUCGUGCAAGGGUUAAAACAGGCAGCCCAGGAGACCACCCAGGAGCCUCGCGGGCUGCUAAUGCUUGCCGAAUUAUCUAGCAAGGGCUCUAUCGCGCAUGGGAAAUAUACAGAGGAAACGGUAGAGAUCGCCAAGAGCGACAAGGACUUUGUCAUCGGGUUCAUUGCUCAAAACGACAUGGGCGGCCGUGAAGAGGGUUUCGACUGGCUAAUAAUGACGCCAGGCGUUGGCCUCGACGACAAGGGCGAUAGUUUGGGCCAGCAGUACCGCACUGUAAACGAAGUGGUCUCUAACGGCUCCGACAUCAUUAUCGUGGGUCGUGGACUAUUCGGCAAGGGCCGUGACGCCACAGAACAGAGUGCAAGAUACCGCAAAGCUGGCUGGGACGCUUAUUUGAGCAGAUGUGGGUCAAAUGGAAAGCCAGAAACACUGUGA